CUAGAAACGUCAAAAAUGUUUACUUCAAUAACUUCAAAAUCAACGAAAUUGAACCCGAAGUUUUUCCGGCAUAUUUUCAAGCGAGAUUUACUGGGAGUUAAAAGGGGCAAAAUGUCAUGGCAAGAAGAAAAACAGAAAUACUUAAAAAUGGAUAUCAACGAGAAACGACAAUUGUAUAAAACGUACGUAAAGUUAAGCGAUAUUCCAACUUGGAAACAAUUCGCCGGAAAUAAAAGUCUUUUGCCUAAAAUAGACGUGUUACCGAAUUGCCCAAUCGACAGUUCGAAAAAUUCGUCAUUGGUAGAUAAGAUAUCUUACUUUAGUGGUGAUAUAACUCAUUUGGAAAUUGAUGCGAUUGUUAAUGCAGCAAAUUCAUCCCUACUGGGAGGUGGUGGUGUUGAUGGAGCAAUUCACCGAGCAGCAGGUAGUAAUCUUGUAGAAGAAUGCAGAACAUUGGGCGGGUGUCCAACGGGUGAAGCUAAGAUAACUGGAGGUUACAAAUUACCAGCGAAAUAUGUUAUACACACCGUAGGACCACAAGGAGAAAAAACCGAUUUAUUGAGAAAUUGCUACAACAACAGCCUUCAAGUGAUGCUCGAUAAUAAACUGAGAACAAUAGCUUUUCCUUGUAUUUCAACCGGCAUUUACGGUUAUCCGAAUUUACCAGCAGCUCAUGUGGCUGCGUACGCUGUACGGAAACAUUUGGAGGCCAAUCCGAAUGCAGUAGACAGAGUAAUUUUUUGCCUUUUCAUGGAGGAAGACAAGAAAAUCUACGAAGGAUUGCUGCAGAGUUACUUCCCAUUGAAUUAAUCUACAAUAAGUUUACCACAAUUUUUUUUGUUAAUUAGUACAAAAGUUUAUAAUGCGAAAUACAGUUUUGUCCUCGA